ACUCUAACCAUAGCUCUUCUACAACGUAUAACCGGUUCACGUACCUUCCUACGUCCUUCAUUUCCCUUUCUAGACUUCAGAAUGCCUGCUACUCGCUCGUCAAGCCAACAGCGUUCUCGCCCACGCGCCAACGAACCAUAUACAUCACCUACACGACCUCGCUCGAAGCCAAGACCAAUCGUGGCUACUGUAGCUGAAGUCAUUGUUUUGUCUUCGGAUGAUGAGAAUACCCGACCAAGCAAAGCCGGUGCAUCAUCAAGAUCUAAAAGGAAGCCUUCCAAGAAACUCGUUUCGACGAGUGAGGUCUUGGAGAUAUCGUCAUCCUCAUCCGAUGAAGGGCCGGUCCUUCCCAAAGUGAAGGCAAACGGAUCCGAAAGCUCAGCUUCGCAGCGGGAGAUCGCAAAGUUGAAGCAUACAAACGAGCACCUAGAGCGGCAGCUUGCUGACCAUCGCCUAAAACUUGACCAUUCGAGGAAGCAGCUCAAAGAACAAAGUCAAGAGCUUGCCGAAAAAUACCAAGAAAUUGAUGCCGGACGUCGGGAGAUCGAAUUGCAGCAGCAGAAACUUUCUACCUUGCAAUCGAAAGGCACUAUUGAUGCUACCAAGUUAGAGGACAUGGUAUCUUGCGAUAUAUGCGCACAUUUGAUGUACUCUCCAUACCUGCUCCUUGACUGCGGACACUCUUAUUGCGAGAGGUGCUUAAAGAGCUGGUUCGACGAAACGCUCACCAAAUAUAUUCGCGCCCAUCCCACUUACAUCAUGGACCGUGAUCCCGUGCCUCCAAAUUUCCCCCAUUUUCUUCAGACUCUUGCUCCAUAUAUCUCGCUUCAGCUUCGGACACAACUACACGCAACGUUCAACAAUUUCCGGCAACAGCAACCAGAGUAUACUUGUCCGGGUUGUCGGAAGGAGGUCACGGGGAAACCAGUCGUAAAUUAUGCAAUCAAGGACAUCGUUUCCGUCGUCGGGAGUGUCCUUGGACAACCGGACACUCAGCGCGAAUGGUCUUCUACUUCUGGCCGCGGGCAGCAGAUGGGUCCAUUUGAUGGUUUUUUCUCUCGAUAAUCAAAUCAUUGUUGUACUUGACCGCUACCCCAACGUCCUACGUUAUUGUAACUUUUAUCAUACAUAUGUAUAUUGUAAACUAAACUAUGGUAC